AAGUUCAUUACGAGAGAGGAAGGACACCAACGUUCUAAAAUUAGAUUGUGAAUGAUAAUUUCAUUCCUUUUGUUUAUAUCGAGCGUUUAGAGAAGGACGAGAGACAGAGGCGCCGUUGACGUAAUAGUUAUACAUCGUAAAGUACGCUUAGUGAAUAAUUAGAGCACGAUGUCGUUCGAUCGCAAUGAGAUGAGCCUGAUGGCUGAUCUGUUCUUUCUACCGUCAUCAUCAGCUGAGGACGAGGAUAUAGAAGCAGAACCAGUCGCUGUUCAGACGUCUACGAUUGCGGUGUUAUUCGGAUUCCCGACUCCUCCGAUGGAGCCAUUGAUUUCCUACCCCCACCAGUUCGAAGAGGAGAGGCGGAGCGUUUGUGCGAUCCCGCUGUGUACUUCUGACAUACCAUUCGCGCUGUUCGAAAUCGAGUCUCCUCAGUCGAGUCCCGAUCAGAGCGGUAUACCAGACGAAGCUAAUAUGGCUGCGUGUUAUAGUCCUUACGAGCUACCAGCUCAUAGGACUCUUCAAGUGCCUGUGGAAAAGGAUUAUUCGAAACCUCUUCACGUCGAUUGUAGUGUGGAAUACGAAUUACCCAACACCGCCAAACCACCUCAAGGUGUCAAAAACGAACCUUUGCUGAUGAUACAUCCUUGUUACUUCAGGAAGAUAGAGUCUCAGCACAGGAGCCCUUUUGUAAAUAAUCUUCCAGUGAGGACGGCUGUGACCCCGACGAAAAGAGCGAGGAUAGCCAGAGGACAGCAGAUUCCUCAGCAAGUGCCCCAUCAAGGAGCCCAGUACCCUGUCCAUUUCACCGCCACAGAGAGGCAGAUAUGGGAUCAGCUGCCUCCUUUAGUGCCAAUCAACCGAUCUCAGAACUGCUGCGCCAAAAGAGAUUUAGUGACAACUUGUGCAAGUUAUACAUCGAGUUCUAGCAGUGAUUCUCGCGCUGACUCUGGUAUCUGGACAGAUCCCGAAAGAUCUCCAGACAGGCCGGAAGAUAAACAUAUUUUGUCCGGAAAGUAUAGACAGUACUUGAGGGCCCACAGACUUCACCCUUACGUUACUUCGGCCAUUCCUUUGGCAUCUACGUUUCCUCAGAUGCAGCAGGUGUGCUACAAUGUGUGAUGGCUGUGAUAUUUUUUGGACACUUCGGUCGUGUCCCUAACCCUUCUUGUGAUAAUAGUGUGUAAUUCGUACUGACGAUUGGGCGCGUCUGCGCCCAACGUCGGGCGUGGUAGUGAUUUUGGUAAAUCAGCUGUAUCCGUAUUUCAAGUUCGCAAGAUCCAAUAUAUUAUGCUCUUUGGAUUAACAGGAAGUGUCGUCAACUCAUGCUUUGGAUUAACUUAUGUGUCACCUGGAUUAUCAGUUUAUCGAUUGUGUUUCUCCGAAUGAAGAGUCUUAAGGCUCUCUGAAAGUGUAAACAAACGGUAGUAUUUUGAAAUAUCUCAAGUCCACUCAAAUAUCAAUCUGCAAGAAUAUGAAUUAAUGAAACCGAGGCUAGAUCCAUCACUGUCGAGCGGCAUCAAGCUAGAACCAAGAAUAACGAAAAAGUGCUUUUGUCCAUUUAAAAAUUAAAAACGUCAAUCAUUGCCGUUUCAAUUCAAAUCUGGAUAUUAGUUAAUUUCGAAAUUCGUUUCAAAUUAUUCUUUCCCCUCUUGUAAGGUUUUUGUGGGAACCAAAAUUUUUUUAUUUAUUCUAGUCAUAAUUCUGUAAAUAUUGUAUAUAAUUUAUUAUUCCGUUUGUACAUAACUACUAUGAAUUUUGAUUUGUUAUAGAUGAGAAAUCUGUCUUCUAAAUUUUUAAAUACAUUUGUUAAAUUUGAAAUAUUGAGUAUUAAUUCAAAACAUCAAAAUUAUCCAUUCGAAGAAAGAAAACUAAAAAAAAAAUACAAAAUUUUUUGUGUAGCAACUAAAAGCUUCAAUUUUAUCAGCUGAGUCCUUUCAGUUUCAAUAUCGUAUUGGAUCUUUAAAAAUUAAAUCACCCAAAAAGAAAGCCAUCAAAAUUUUCAUCUUAUCUUAUGAGAAAUCUGAAUUGUAAAACUGACCUAAACACUUGUGGAGGGACACCUUUCCAUUACUUUAACAACAUUGGACAUCUUUUCCAUAAAUUGAUAAAUGUCUCCUCACACGCAUCAUAAAAUCAUUCCGUAUGUCUACCUGAAUGAAAAUUUUAUUGAGCGGAGCUUUACCUGAACUUACGAAAAUGAUCAAAACUUCGGCAAAAUUUUUAUGACAGCUCUAAACCAAUAUUUACAUACCUAGUGAGAGUGAAAAAGUUAUCCCUUAAAAUUUAGGGGCUAAGCUGAUAAAGAUCAAAAUCAUAAACAAAAUUGAUUGUUCCAUUAUAACCUCCAGAAUAAAAUAAGAGAAAGUUAAGUUUUUAUUCAGUGACGAAGUAAAUUAACGUUUGAUGGUAGGAAACAAAAAUUAAUGUUUAUGUUGACGAAGACUAGUUUUUUCAUUGCCGAAUUGAAAUUCUUGGUGGUGGCUUUAUAUCCGAAAAAACAUCCUUGAGUUUUUCUAUAUUUGGAAUUUUUUAGAAUUCAUUUAUUCCAAAUACGCAAAUAAAUUCCGAGGACCUAAUGAGUCAGUAACAAAUUCGGUGACUAAGUCAAGUUGGAACAACAAAAAUAACGUUUUGCAUAUUGUGAUUAUCUCUGGCCUUGCUUAUUGACGCCAUUCCACAUUGAAUUCUUCGGAAUUGAUAUUUCGGUUGACUGAUUUUAGUAACAUUAUUUCUUUGUUUAAUCGAUUUGUUCAUGUACGAAUGGUUUUGUAAUUGUAAUGAUACCCAUUGUUACAAAAAAUCCAUUAUUGCGUCUCGGUCGAAACAGCAGGGAAAUAAUUUUCCAGAUAGCCCAAUCAUAUUCUAUCGUGAGAAAUGCUGUUUCAAGGUAUCCAUUUGAAAAGGAAGUUGGUAUUGUUCGAUUAUAAAAAAGUGAAAUUCGAAGUGAACAAUUCGUUGUGGUAUUUCUUAUAAGAUAUAAUCUUAUAAGAUUACACACUUGCAUGAUACUUCUAGUACUACCUUAUAAAGAUAAUUAUUUCAAAUGAACCUGAAAUUUAAUUAUGCAAUCGUUCUAGAGUUAUUCUUCGAUCGGAGAAAACUUUAGACGUAACAUCAAAACAUUUCUAUUCACUCUAAACACAUGAAAAUUUCGAAAGAAUCAGUUUCGAACUGCAUAUGCCAUAUUAAACCUAUAUAAAUAUUUAAAUGAGUAUUACCUACCUGACUUACGUUUCAAGUUUUCCUGCUAGCAGUGUCAAAUAUUAGAAAAAGACCUCAUUCCUUUUUUCAUACAAACUCAUACCAAAUAAUUAACUUAUUAUUGAUGUAUGUAAAGCGUGAAUCUAUUGACCCGAAAAAUCAGGGUAUAAUUGCUUCGAAAACGAACUGAUAUUUAUCGGCUAAAUCGAAAUGUUAUUUUUUUAGACUUUGAAUGGGAUUUAUCAACUUUCAUUGUAAAGACUUAAUUUUCGAAGUUGUUUUCGGUCAAUAGAUUUUUCAUAGGAUCGGCACCAAUGAAUCUUUCAGAUCUGAUAAUAACUAUUCUAUGGCUACAUAUUUUAGAGACCAAAGAAAUAUCUAUCAUUGUAAAUAAUAGAACUGUAUAUUGUAACAGCCGUGAUCGUUAGAGGUUACGGUAAUGCAGAUCCCUGUGAAUAUGUAUAAAAAAUGCUCUAUAUAAAUAUAUAUAUUGUACAGCUAGUCAUAGUUGGAAUACGCUUAUAAAAUAAUAAAUAAAGUGUUACUGUUUUUAUAGAAUCAA